UUUCAAAUCAACAUACAAAAAUUUAAUCAAAAGAAAAUGUGGAAUAAUGCUAAAAUGGCACGGAUGCUCUCUCCCUUAUCACUUGAAACAACCGUCAUCUGUUUACUGUCAUUUAUGAUAAUACCUGCAGCCAAGUUUCCAGAAUUCAUUGUUGUAACCAACGCAACUCUUUUAAACUCUGGUGACACCGUUGUCAUCAAAUGCCUUAUCGCAAACAUGACCCUUAUGGACGUUGUCACAGGAUACACUUUGACGUGGUUAAAAGAUGACGUCAGAAUCACAGAUUCGUUCACAGAGCUUAAUGAGGAUGUCAGAGACUCAAGAUACAGCUUAAAUAUAUUUGCAGAAGGGGGAAAAGGAUUUGUUUCCUCGCUGCAAAUCAAAAGUUUGACAGAAGAAGAUGAAGGAUUAUUUACCUGUGAACUUCAGAAUAAAACGUCCGCAAAACAGCAAAAAUCAGUGUCAAUAAGCGGUAAAAUAGAUAAGAACAACCUAGUUAAAACAUAUAGAGUACAAUUCACAAUCUUACAUUUGACAUAUAAUUUUUUGGGGGUGAAUGUAAAUGCCUUAUUUUUAGUUGAAGGCACAGGUGUGACAGUUAAGACAACAGUAUUGGAUAACACAUCAACCAAAUCUCAGAGGGACUUUAAUGAAAACAGUUCUGAUGAAACAAUGCAACAAUACGAGAACACAACACCGUCGGAUCUAAAUUAUGAGGAAACAAACACUUCUACUACACCCAUCCAGAUUAUUGAUAGAAAUACAACCGACACGAGCAUGUAUAUGCAAAACAUCACAGAAAGCGACUUAGAAACGGGAAAUGAUUCCAUAUCUAUCACGAACAACACAAGCAGGGACAACAAUCUAACUACACAGACUAAUGUUGUCUCUUUUGUGGAGGGCACGACUGCAUCACUUGAAGUUGAAAUUUAUACAGAAGAAGAAAACAAUGCUGAUAUGAUUGCUGGAGUAACGGUGUUCAUUAUUCUUUUGCUUGUGAUCACCAUUACAGUGGUAUUUAUCAUAAAACGACGGGGUGGCAUAAAUUGGGAAAUCUGUUUCCAUAAAGCUAAAGGAAAGGACUAUGAAAAGCCACAUCAUGAACUCAUUAACAUAGACUAUGAAAAUACAGAAAACAUGAAACAAGCAGUGGUCAAUCAUAAUUAUGUAAAUACGGAAAAGGCCAUUAGGGCAAGAAGAUGUUAUGAAUAUGCAAACAACAAAGAAUUUCUACGGGAUUACGACAUAAUGGACAGUCUGCGACGAACAAGUUUAAAUGAAGAAGGUGCGAGUUUUGUACCCAUGACAGCGCCAUUAGGUGAAUCAACAGAGGUCGAUUUUCUACCUGGUCAUCAUGAUUCACCAAAUAGAAUGGAGCAAAAAGAAGAAGAAAAGUCCCUACGAAAAGUGUCAUGAUAUAACUUUUCUAAACAAGUACAACGUAUAAAUAGUUAAAUGCGUUCUUUCAUGUUUUUGAAUUGGAAUCAACGUUCCAACUUUAUCAGAAAAAAUAAAUUUUUUGGUCUGCAAUAAUAUCAGCUUUAGCUUGGAUAAUUUAAAAAUAACAAACAAAGAAAACAUUUUAUUAUUCGUAUUACUUCUGUACAGAAAUGUUUUUGUAAAAAAAGCAUUUUAGACGAUAUUGCAUUGAUGAUAAUGUCAUUGUAUGUUUUCACUGAUUUAACAUUUUUUUUACUUUAUAAGUCAGUCUGUAUGUGUGAAAUGCUAAGCUGUGUUUGACAACUGAUAAAAAAAGUCCAUUUUUUAAAGAAAUUAAAAAAAAUUGAUCUGUACUUAUACAAGACAUGUAAUUUUCAGUAAAAGUAAUUAAUAUAAAAAAAUCUGAUAGUAUUACAUAACUUCUAUUGUUUUAUUCCGUAAUGAAAAGUCUCUGUAUUCGUUAUAUAAGUAAACAAUCAACAUAAUGAUAAAAGCUUCACCGAAAAGAAAUUUUGACUGUCAUUCAAUUUUCAUCUCUGUUUGAGACACAGAGUUUUCAUUUUUAUGGAUUUGGGAUGUGAUUAAACGAUUGACUUACUAAGACGUAAUAUUUCUGUUACAAUGUCAAAAGUUAAGAACAAUAAAUAGAUAAUUUGAGUUGUUUUGGCGCAUUGAGGAAUACUUCAAUUCACGUUUUUAUAAAUAUUUGGGUAUAAGAAAAAAGGUAUCUGAUUUA